UGAAGGAGGUGUGCGACGCGUGAGUGCGGGUCUGCCGGGGCAUGCAGGGUGGCUGGUGGGAGGGCAGGAGGGAGACGGCGCCCCCUACCCGCCUCGCUGAGCCUCUGCUGCCCGCAGGUGGAGCUUGCCUCACUCUGAGCGCUAUGCUCUACAGUUUGCUGACGGGCACAGGAGAUACAUCACUGAGAACAACCGCACGGAGAUCAAGAAUGGCAGCAUCCUGUGCCUCAGUACUGCCCCAGUAAUGCCCCUCCUGACCCUGCCCUCAUUCUGUGCCCCUCUGCUAUGCCUCUUCUCUGCCCGCCACUGGCACCUGGGCCCUAGGUCUGGAGGCCCCAGCCCUAGCCCCAGCUCCAGCCCAGUAGUGCCCCACCUAGUGGACACCCAAGUCCCCACAUCCCCAGUUCCCACUCCUUACCUCCUCACCUCUGUUCUCGCUCCCACCCCUGGCAGGACCUUGAGGCUGAGCGGUUGUUGCGGGGGCUGCAGAGCGAGAGUUGUGAGGGGCGCCGGGAAGCCCUUCGGCACCUCGUCCUGCUGGCCCCAGACAUGACCUUCACCCGGGAAGUCAUCAGCCGUGAUGGGCUUCAGAGACUAGGCUCCAUCAUUGAAGAUGGGGACGAGUGGUGUGCUAUGUGAACAUGAACCUCAUGGAUGCAUCUGUGCAGCCCCUGGCCCUGGGGUUGCUGGAGAGUGUGACCUUGAGCAGCCCUGCCCUGGGCCAGCUGGUCAAGAGUGAGGUGCCACUGGAUAGGCUGCUGGUGCACCUACAGGUGAUGAACCAGCAGCUGCAAACCAAGGCCAUGGCACUGCUGACAGCUUUGCUGCAGGGGGCCAGCGCUGCUGAACGUAAGCACAUGCUUGACUACCUGUGGCAGAGAAACCUUCGCCAGUUCAUCUACAAGAACAUCAUCCAUAGUGCAGCGCCACUGGGCGACGAGAUGGCUCACCACUUGUACGUGCUGCAGGCCCUUACGCUGGGGCUGCUGGGGCCGCGCAUGCGGACGCCACUGGACCCCUACAGCCAGGAGCAGCGGGAGCAGCUGCAGGCCCUGCGUCAGGCUGCCUUUGAACCAGAGGGGGAGUCCCUGGGCGCUGGGCUGAGUGCUGACCGUCGCCGUUCCCUCUGUGCCCGCGAGUUCCGCAAACUGGGCUUCUCUAACAGCAACCCUGCGCAGGACCUGGAGCGCGUGCCCCCUGGCCUGCUGGCCCUGGACAACAUGCUCUACUUCUCCAGACACGCGCCCAGCGCCUACAGCCGGUUUGUGUUGGAGAACAGCAGCCGUGAGGACAAGCACGAGUGUCCCUUUGCCCGGAGCAGCAUCCAGCUGACUGUGCUGCUGUGUGAACUGCUCCAUGUCGGGGAGCCCUGCUCCGAAACUGCCCAGGACUUUUCACCCAUGUUCUUUGGCCAAGACCAGAGCUUCCAUGAGCUCUUCUGUGUGAGCAUCCAGCUGCUGAAUAAGACCUGGAAGGAGAUGCGGGCCACUCAGGAAGACUUUGACAAGCUUGGGGUGGCCCCAGGUCAUGCAAGUGGUGCGGGAGCAGCUGGCCCGCACGCUGGCCCUGAAGCCCAGUUCCCUGGAGCUGUUCCGAACCAAGGUGAACACGCUCACCUACGGGGAGGUCCUGCGCCUGCGGCAGACAGAGCGGCUGCAUCAGGAAGGCACACUGGCCCCUCCCAUUCUGGAGCUGCGGGAGAAGCUGAAGCCAGAGCUCAUGGGCCUGAUCCGCCAGCAGCGUUUGCUCCACCUCUGCGAGGGGACGCUCUUCCGCAAGAUCAGCAGCCGACGGCGCCAGGGUCAUUGCGUGGGCAGUGGGGCUGGAGAGCGGCUGGGCUGGGGUCAGGGCGUGUCCCUCUCAUCACUCCUUCCCUCCUUCCCUUUCUGCCCACAGACAAGCUGUGGUUCUGCUGCCUGUCCCCCAACCACAAGCUGCUGCAGUAUGGGGAUGUGGAGGAGGGCGUCGGCCCGCCCGCCCCCGAGAGCCUGCCUGAGCAGCUCCCUGUGGCCGACAUCAGGGCACUGCUGACAGGCAAGGACUGCCCCCAUGUCCGGGAGAAGGGCUCGGGAAAGCAGAACAAGGACGUCUGUGAGUUAGCUUUCUCAGUCAGCUAUGACCACGGGGAGGAGGAGGCAUACCUCAACUUCAUCGCCCCAUCCAAGCGGGAGUUCCACCUGUGGACAGAUGGGCUGAGCGCCCUGCUGGGCAGUCCCAUGGGCAGUGAGCAGACACGGCUGGACCUGGAGCAGCUGCUGACCAUGGAAACCAAGCUGCGGUUGCUGGAGCUGGAGAAUGUGCCCAUCCCUGAGCAGCCACCCCCCGUCCCCCCGCCCCCCACCAACUUCAACUUCUGCUAUGACUGCAGCAUCGCUGAACCUUGACAGUGAGCUUGGCCAAGGGCCACAGCUGCUGCCACUGUGGUGGCCACAAAGGGUGGGGGUGGGGAGAAGCACAGGCACCCUGACCAGCAGAGGCUGCAGCAGAAAUAAAGUCUGCUUGGCUCUUAGACAUGUGUUGAGCCAGCUCUGAACCCUGCAGGCUAAGCCUGCCUUCAAGCUUAGCUGGCAGAUGCGAUGAGGGCGUCAGGCCAGGGCCACAGCUUGGGGCCACCAACCUGGGCAGCUACAGUU